AUGGAUAACUUUUUCAGUCAUCCGACUGGUCUCGUCGCUUGGAUCGCCCGCUUGCUCCAGUACAUUAGUUCGAUCAUCCUUAUUGGAAUCACAGGCUGGGCCGUUCGACAUACAAAGUCUGUCACAGUCAUUUAUACCCUGGUCAUUGCCAUCUUGACCCUUGUUAUUCUCCCUUUCGCAAUACUUACGAGCUGCAUAUCGAGACGACAUAAAUGGCAUGUUCUUCCUCUAGUUGCGAUUGACGGAAUCCUUUCCUACUUAUGGCUGACCUCUGCUAUUUUCCUCGCGCUUGAUUUCAAUCAACAUAACUGCCGGAGAACUCGCUGGAACGGAGAAAUCGUUUGCAGCCGACAAUACGCAGCCGAAGCUUUUAGCUUCAUUGCAUUGCAAGUUAUUUCAUAUUUCGUAACUCUCAUGGCUCUGGUCGUUGAGUUAGCUUACAUAUAUUCCGUGAAGCCGGGAACUGCACCAGUGAUGGAGGAAGUACGUCCCGAGCAGCGCAUAGAACAGAAUCUGACUGCGGCUGGCGUGCUCUAG